GAAAGCUAUCAUGUGCCAAGGAGUCAUCGCCAUCUUACUUCUGGUGCUUCCUCUCCCCCUGCUAUAUCGCCGAUGGAAAUAUGUGUCGAUUGCCUACAUCCAGGGACCCCAUGUUGACUCCUUCAUUCUGGGUAAUUUCCCAGAAUACUUCCAAAAUGAAGUCGGUCAAUGUGAGUUUGAGUGGCAAGAGCGCUUGGGAGCCGUUUAUCGAAUCAAGGGACUGUUCGGAGAAGAUCGCCUGAUGAUCGCAGACCCUAAGGCUCUUCAGCAUGUGUACCAAACCGCAUCCACUCAGUGGCUGAAACCUACGAUACGACGAGAGAUCACUCGUAUGUAUAUAGGGAGAGGUAUCGCAUGGGCCGAAGGGGAAGAUCACAGAAGACAUCGUAGAAUAAUGAUGCCUGCGUUCGGUAACAUCGAAAGUAGGGGCAUGAUGCCCUUAUUCCGCGAGACUGCUGAUCGAAUGUGCGGGCAUUGGAAAGACAUCAUCAGUACCCUCGGGGACGGGAAAAGUGCCAGUAUUGACGUGGCUGACUGGCUUUCGCGUGCCACGCUGGAUGCAAUUGGAGAAGCUGCCUUCGGAAUCCAGUUUGGAACCAUGGAAAAUAAAGACGACAAACUUGCGCGCAGCUACUAUAGUCUGCUGAUGCAAGCCUUUGGGCUGCCCACCAGAGUGAAAAUAUUUGCGCAACAGAUCUCAGCCUACUUUCCGGCAUGGGUGUUUCGUCUACUCGAGCGCCUCCCCUCCCGUAGUCUUGAAAGGCUGCGAGAAGUCGCGUAUGAAGGUAACAGGGUCGCGGAAGAGCUCGUUCAGAGGAAAAUGGAGGCCCUCAGGAUAGGCUCUGAAGCGCUCGACAAAGACGUCAUGAGCUUGCUAGUCGAAGCAAAUCUAUCCGCAACUCCUGAAAAUAAGCUGAACAACGAGGAACUCUACGCUCAGAUGAGGACAAUCCUAGUGGCAGGACACGAAACGUCAGGGAACACGUUGGCAUUCAUUUUAUACGAACUGUCGAAGAAUCCUUCUAUACAGACCAGGAUUCUGGAAGAAAUCCAUUCCACCUUGGGUGUAUCUCAGGAAUAUACUAUGGCUCAACUUGAUCGUAUGCAUUACACGCUGGCCGUAAUCAAGGAGGUUCUUCGCGUCCACCCUGUCGUAUAUGGACCAUUCCUGGUAGCCAAAGAACCGGAUGUCAUACCGCUAUCCAAGCCAAUCAUCAGCAUCGACGGGAAGCCUAUCUCGACGAUCCCAGUUUCUGCGGGACAGUAUAUCCACAUUUCAUUGGCUGGGUAUAAUAGGCUCAAAGAUGUCUGGGGAGAGGAUGCCCACGAGUUUCUACCGGAAAGAUGGCUGGAAAUAGAGGAGGGAAGGAGAGAGAUUCAUAGCCUCUUCGGUGUCUAUUCGAACCUAGGAAACUUUGUCAGCGGAGCGAUUUCUUGCUUAGGCUGGCGCUUCGCGGUCAUAGAAAUGCAAGUGUUUUUGGUGGAGAUCGUGCGGAAUUUCCAGUUUUCUCUGCCUCCCAACGGGAAAAGGGUUAUCAGGGCUACGAGCGGUGUCAUGGCGCCAGUGUUGGAAGGAGAGGUCGAGAAGGGGAAACAGUUGCCUCUUGUGAUGGAGCUUCGUGAUUAGUUUGCUUUCUCGGGCUGCAGCUACAUAGUACGUGCCGUUCUCCUUGUACUUGCGCGCUUACCCCCUGUGGGUCUUUUUAUCGGCAUUGCUGUCAUUCUGCGAGGACUGAAGAUACCAUAUGACUGUUUCUCGAUC